GAAAUAGUGUAGUUAGCGGCGGCCGAUGCACGCGGCCGUGGCAGUCGAGCGCGAUCCAUUGUUGCGGCGAGUGCGUGCAGGCCGACCGGGCCGAGGUGUGUGCUGCUUUUUGUUGUUCUUGGGUGCCCGGCACCCCCGAGCCGGAAAAACUGCUCCACCGGUGCAUGAGUCACACGUCAACUUCUUACUCCGCACGCGAUCUGAGGAUUUGGUUUUUUUCUCCAGUCACUCACUGUCCGGCCUCAGUCAGAGAAGGACCUGCUGCGUCCGAGAUGGCCUGUCCGAGGCUGUCCGCCCUAGCCGUCCUGCUUGCCUGCGUUCUGCACCUGCGCCCUGCCUCUUCUGAUUUUUCUUGGACUCGCGGCUCUCCAAUGCGAUGGAAGGAGGAAGCACAGGAGCAACAGCCAGUUUUCGACAAGACAGACGUGAAAAGUGGCGCCACAAUCACCGUGCAGGUCGGCCAGACGGCUUACCUGCCCUGCAGGGUCAAACACCUAGGAGACAAAGUUAUUUCGUGGAUCAGGCAGCGCGACCUGCACAUCCUGACGUCGGGGCCGCACACGUACACGUCAGACGCGCGCGUCGAGGUGGUGCACCCGCCCAACUCGGACCUGUGGACCCUGCGGAUCAUGUCGGCGCGGGCGACCGACCGCGGCCGCUACGAGUGCCAGGUGAACACCGAGCCCAAGAUGAUGCGAGCCGUGCUGUUGGACGUCAGAAACGACCCGGCAGCAGACAUGAAAGACUCGCCCUACGUCGCCGCUGACAGCAAAGUGUCGCCCAAAAAGGACGUGUCUAUUGCUCCCGAAGUGCAAAUUUCCGGUCCAGUUGAGCAGUACGUGCAGACGGGGACAACGGUUACGUUCACGUGCGUGGCCAAGUGGGGCAAGGGUGGGCUAAAUGUGGCCUGGUACCACGGUGACUUGCCCAUCUCGCACCGCCAGGGCUUCCGGCCCAUCAGCGUGGACACGGAGCGCAGCGACGGCGGCGCCACUAGCAGGCUCACCCUGGCGCAGGUGCAGCAGAUCGACUCAGGCAACUACACCUGCGUGGCGGCGGCCACCGCGCCCGAGGCUAAUGCGGCCAGCGUGGCGCUCAUCGUCGUGGAAAGUGAACACACGGAGGCGAUGCAGCGGGACAUGGGCAGCGGCUCUUGCACUCUGCAGCGCGCAUGGCCGGCCCUUUGGCCGCCCCUGGUGCUGGUGCUGCUGCGGUGGCGGGCGUGACCUACCGAAAAAUAAAUUGGUGUCAACUGGCCAUGCUGAUUGCACUUGUGCCGCGCGUUCUUUUUGAUUGACUCGAUGAUGAAAUCGCGUCGGCAGUGAACCAAUUUGUGUCUCUGUGUGAAUGCGAACGCUCUACGCAGAUUAAUGAAACGACAACGAGCAGUUUUAAAUUUCGUUCACAGUGCUCCACGGACACUUUUUAUUUUUUAAUCUAAUUAUAAGCUCUGGAAAAACCUGUACAACGCCUCUAUUAUAUGUUUGUAAUUUAUUCGCCUCUUGUUUGCUCUCUGCUGUACCCAUAUGUUUCUGUUUAUCUGUAAGAUUUGUUCAUUUUACCCCAAGAUAUGAGAGUUAAUUCAACUGAUGGAGAUCAUAAAAAUAUUUUACCUCCAAACAGCGUAUUUCAUGAAAGUUCCAUUUAUUCCUGUAAAUUAAAAGCGAUGCAAUCGCUAGUACAUACAUAUAUAAAUAUUUUAAGGGAUUGGUAUUAAGCAUAGCAUAUCAAUAAGAAAAAUAGUCAGAAUACACUUGAUUUUGCUAUGUGAUUUAAAAAAAACUAGAAUAGACAUUUAAAAAUUUUAAAUUAUAUAUAUCUAUCUAUUCAGACGUUCAAUACACAAUUGAAUCUUUUUCAGUCGCCCUAUGCAUGGUGGAAAUUUCGGAUUUCUAAAUACAAAUCUGGUCACGUGCUACCUCUGAAUUUACCUCCACAAUUUUUCGUAUCAGCACACUCUGCUCUUUAUAUAUUUUAACCAAUAAAUCGGUGAUGAAUUUUGAAAAAGCG